GAGGACCUUCUAUCCCGAGGCCCGCCGCACAACAGACAUGGCAGAGCAGAUGCACGCAGUGCUCAUCAAAGAUGAAAAGGGGCCAAUUGAAAACCUCUAUCUCGGUAAGACCGCAAAGCCUGUGCCAGGAGCGGGCCAAGUACUGGUGAAGGUCAAGGCGUUCGGCCUCAAUCGGAUGGACAUCCUGCAGCGCGAGGGGCACUACCCUCUUCCCCCCGGCGCGCCCACCAUCCUCGGCGUCGAGUUCUCCGGGCACAUCGUAGCCCUUGGGCAGGGUGUCGCCGGUUGGAAAGAGGGGGACGAAGUCAUUGGACUCGCGUCCGGGGGCGCCUACGCGGAGUUCAUCAUUGUCCUGCAGACGCACGUCCUCAGGAAGCCCACCCAUCUGUCCUGGACGGAAGCGGCCGGAAUCCCUGAGAACUUCCUCACAGCGUUCCAGGCGCUCAUUGUGAUUGCUGAGGCGAACAAGGGCGACAAUGUCCUCAUUCACGCAGGCGCCUCCGGUGUCGGAGUUGCUGCUAUCCAGCUGGCGCGGCUCUACGGCGCGAGGACCGUCACCGCGACGGCUUCAACUGCCGACAAGCUAGAUUGGCUCAAGUCAAUUCCCAGCGGCGCGACUCACGUCGUGAAUUACAAGACCCAGAACUUUGCAGAGGAGGUCAAGAAAAUGACCAAUGGCAACGGCGUGGACAUCAUCAUUGACUUCGUUGGCCAAAGCCACUGGCAAAAGAACAUCGAUGCCCUUGCAAGGGAUGGCAGGAUGACAAUGCUUGGACUGCUUAGUGGUGGUAAAGUCGACUCGUUCAAUCUGGGUCCACUCCUGUACAAGCGUCUCCGCAUCGAGGGCUCCACGCUUCGUUCCCGCUCGCCCGAAUAUACUGCAGACUUAAUCGAGAGAUUCCAGCGUGACGCUCUGGGCCACAUCACGGGAGCUAACGGGGAUGGCGCAUUGCGGAUCUACAUCCACAAGGUGUACCCCUGGAAUGAUAUACAGGCAGCACACCGUGAGAUGGAGGACAACAAGAACAGUGGGAAGAUCGUCGCCGAGGUGGUGUAAGAUAGGCUUGCACCCGCGACGGACAUUGCAAGCAUGCGUGGCUGACGGAAUGUUAAGUUCGAGCAUUGUAAAUGUCUGACGGAAUGUUGUGAGUGUAGUCGAUGCUGGCAAGAGCCCGUGUUAUGGAAGCC